AUGCCUCAGAACCCGGAUCUUAUAGGCACGAUCUGUGAAGAUGGGUCAGUAUCGAUAUUCGACAAGACCAAGCACGCCAGCAACGAAUCUGACGGGUGUAAGGUCGAUGUUACGCUGAAGGGACACGCAGAGGAAGGAUUUGCCCUUGAUUGGAACUGCAACGCUGAAGGACUACUACUCAGUGGUGCCAUGGAUAGCAAAGUGAAGCUGUGGGACAUUACAAAGUUCAGCACCAAGGUUGCCAACCUGGACGCAACGAACUGCUUUACAAGUUCCGGUGGCAUCAACGACGUGGAAUGGUGUCCACAGCAUCAUUCCAUGUUCAUCACGGGAGAUGAGGCAAAUGCCCUGACGCUGUGGGACAUCAGACAGGGCUCCAGUAGCUCACACACGUCCCAGGGACACGCUAAUGGCGUCAAUGCUGUGUCCUGGAACAGGCAGAACAAGUUCUGUGUUGCCAGUGGUGACGGUGAUGGCAACGUUCACAUCUGGGACGUCCGGAACCUCACGGAGGCGAUGUCGACGCUGCGAGCACACGAGGGAGUCAUCUCGUGUGUCAAUUGGAACCCGGUGCACGGUCAAGUGCUCAUGACGAGUGGUUCAGAGGACCCGGUGGUGAAGUUGUGGGAUGUGUCCGAUGGCCGGUGUAUGUUCAAG